UCCGCGGCGUCUCGCGUUUAAACCGAGCGCGAGGACAUGGGUGCGCAGCUGUGAAUUAUUCCACAUCGAGCUCGUGCGUCGCGCAAAUCCACCACCGGUACUUAUCAGACACUUAUUUAUAAGCAAGCUUGAAAAAGAUUUUUGUAGCACUUGUGUAUCGUUUUUUUUGUCUGCACUUUAUCGUGUUCGGGACCGAGGUGAAUAAUGGACCAGGACAAGUACCUGCCCGAGCUGCUGGCCGAGAAAGAGAGCUUGGAUCCGUCGUUCGUGCACGCGAUGCGCCUUUUGGCUGAAGAAAUCGAAAAGUACGAAGGGGACGAGCUUAGGAAAGACGGCGAGGUGAAGAAAUACCUGGAUGUCAUCAGCAACAAAAACAUCAAGCUGUCUGAGAGAGUGCUUAUUCCUGUGCAGCAGUACCCAAAGUUUAAUUUUGUUGGGAAACUGCUGGGGCCCCGGGGCAAUUCCAUGAAAAGAUUACAAGAGGAAACCGGGGCGAAGAUGUCCAUUCUCGGCAAGGGUUCAAUGAGAGAUAAAGACAAGGAAGAAGAGCUGAGGAAAAGCGGAGAGGCCAAGUACGCCCACUUGAACAACGAUCUCCAUGUUUUAAUUGAAGUCUUCGCACCACCCGGAGAGGCGUAUUCCCGCAUGAGCCAUGCCUUGGAGGAAAUAAAAAAAUUCCUGGUUCCUGAUUACAAUGAUGAGAUCAGGCAAGAGCAGUUGCGUGAGCUGUCGUACCUAAAUGGCUCUGAUGACCCAAGCAGAGGAAGGAGUGUCCGAGGACGUGGCAUACGGCUCGCCUCCACAGCUGCCACACGGGGUCGAGGGGGAGCAGUGCCACCUCCACCACCUGGCCGAGGAGCCGUAGUCCCUAGGGGAACUGUGGGAACACGUGCAUCACUGCCCACCACCAUGCUAACUAGAGGUGUUUCAGCACCACGAACCAGAGGAACAGCAGGGACUCCUGGAUACAGAGCACCACUGCUGCAGGCCACACAUAAAACCUACGAUGACUAUGGUUAUGAUGAUGGAUAUGAUGGGGAAUAUGACGAACAGGGUUAUGAGGCCUAUGAUGAUGGCUACAGCAACCAAUCCAAAAGCGGGUCAGAAUAUUACGAAUAUGGCCACGGAACCAGUGACGAUACCUACAACAAUUACGCAGAAGAGGAGUGGACUCAGCCACGGCCGAGCCUCAAAGCUCCAGCUGCAAGACUUUCACGAGGGGGCUACAGAGAUCACCCCUAUGGUAGAUACUAAAGGUGCUCCACAUCAGUGAACUCCCCUGCCUGGCAUCCUUACGUAAUAGUCUAAAAAAAUAUAUACAAUUUUAAAAAAGCACACACACAUUAGGUCAAAAACCUAACCUCGCCUAACCCAGGAGCGGGAAACUGCAUACAGCCUAUGGUUUUGAUAACACAAUUCCUUCAUACAUCUUAAGGAACAUAAAAGGAUCUUGCAUUUUAACAAAAAAGACUCCCAUUUGAAUGCUGCUUCCCUUUAGUUGUCUAUUGUUUGCUCCCCUGAAGCUAAAGCAUGGAGUUACGUACAAACUGAUGCUUCCUUGUUCUUGGCUACCAUUUCACCAAGGCAAACGUUAAAUGUGUUAGUCCCCACCCCAACCCCCACUCCCCUCCGCCCUCCUUCCUCCCUACCCCCACCCCCCAUACUGUGCAUAACAUCUUUCUUAACACGUCUUGAUUUGAUGACGGUUAAUACUGAGUUUGUAUAUUUUGAUUUUGAUAUUGGUACUGGGAUUGAAAGCAAUUGGCUAUGUAUGUAGCUACCUACAAGUGAUCUGCUGUGUGUUUAGCUUGUAUUUGUACAUAAAUAUGUAAUAAAAAGGACAUAAAUCAA